AGCACGUGCUCUAAUGAUGGCAGCCAUUGCUGAUGCUGAGGACACUACACCACCGAUCUCUGAAGUGAAGCAGGAGAAACAAAGUCAGACGUUUAACGCUGCACCUGAAGGCAUCAAGUCGCUGUUGACGUUUGGCGUACUGGCCCUCGCUUGUCUUGCUGCGUUCUGCAGUCGGUUGUUUGCAGUAAUACGUUUCGAGAGCAUCAUUCACGAGUUUGAUCCAUGGUUCAACUAUCGUGCCACUCAUCACAUGGUCACUCACAACUUCUAUGAGUUUCUCAACUGGUUUGAUGAUCGUGCUUGGUAUCCCCUGGGAAGAAUUGUGGGAGGAACGGUGUAUCCAGGACUUAUGAUAACAUCUGGUCUGAUCCACAUGAUACUAAAUGGAUUGAACUUCACAGUUCAUAUUAGAGAUAUCUGUGUAUUUCUUGCACCAACAUUUAGUGGUUUUACUGCUGUUGCUACAUUUUUGUUAACGAAAGAGUUAUGGAAUACAGGAGCAGGCCUGCUUGCCGCAUGUUUUAUUGCCAUAAUUCCAGGUUACAUUUCAAGAUCAGUAGCUGGCUCAUAUGAUAAUGAAGGCAUUGCUAUAUUUGCUCUGAUGUUUACCUACUAUCUAUGGGUUAGUACACAGAUGGAAUCGCUGACACACAUGCAUGCUCGCAUGCAUACACACACACACACACACACACACACACACACACACACACACACACACACACACACACACACACACACACACACAAGCAAACAAACAAACAAUGAACCAAAGAACAAUCUUUUCACAGUACAUAAAUGAAGCUUUUGUUUCGAGUUAUAGCAACUCAAUGUGUUAUUUACAGCUAUUUUAUGCCACAUGUUAUACCUUUUGUGGAGCAUGCCAGUAAAGCUAAUAACAGACUGAUUCUGCUGUGUAAAAUGACAGUUUCCUAAUUCUCUGUUUGUAAAUCUUUAUUCACGAUUACAAGAAUUGGUGUCAUUUGCAUGUUUCAAUAAGUCAGCUGCUUGACAUAAUGGAUUAAAUAAUUUCUGUUUCUGUUUGCAAUUGAGAGGUUGCAAGUACAUUUGAAGAGUUUUGUUUAUUUACAUAUAAAGUGUAGGAUAUUUAUUACAUACAUGAACGUUCCCCGUCCCAACUUCCCUACAACUCAAGUAUGCAUGUCCCAACUACGUACAUCCUCUAUCUCUAAAUUCAAACGUAAAACCAAUCUAGCAUUAUAUAGCCAUAAUAUCACAGAUAAUUGUUGUAAUAAGUUGUUUAACUUUGAAAAGAUCAUGUGACUCAUUGCAGAAAUUCUCGAAGCUAUUAAGCGUAGGAUCUUGAGACUGUAUGGUGUCCAGAGACUGAGAGUUUCCACGGCAGCAAGUGGAUAAAAUAUAUUACCAGUUGCUGUAACUCUGUCAGCGUGAAGAAAGUCUUUGCAAGCUUCCGCAGCUUCUGCAGCAGCUCCUGCAUUGCUGGCAGCUUCAAUAAUGAAUGAAGGCUGCAGGCUGUUGGAUACUGUUACAUCGAAGAAGCUGGGGUGACCCAGAAGAAAAUCAGGAUGAAAUAUAUCACCAGGACGACUGUUGUCAUAGCCAGAACAACGUUGUUCCUUUUCGCAUGCUUGUUGUCUGUUAGAAGAGCUUGGUAAAUCAUUUGCAAAGGGCAUCGUGGCAUUUGAUUCGGAGAGGACCGUGACUGCAGCUAUCUGAAUGAUCGCCAAAAGGGUCAUGAACUUGACCACAAACACGUUUCAAUGACAAUGGUGGGAAGGGGAAUGAGGGAUUCCUAGCCAAAUUCGUAUUGCAAGCACAAAUUCAUGUUGUGACAUGGCGAGGCCUAGGUUUGGGUUUGGUAAUGCCCACAACCAAGCACCAGCAUGAGUAGUGGCAAUGGUGUUUAAUCUUGCUCUAUCCAGACUAAUAAUCUCUUUCAAGGAUGAGACUAAAGUGGAGUUGAUAAUAUAUGGCGUGCCGUUUAUGCCAAAACAACUGCAUAAUGACUAUGGCUCAUCGUAGCAAGUGCAUAGUGACUUUUGGUUCUAGAGUUACAUUGUAUAGCAAGUGCAUAGUGACGUUUGGUUCUAGGGUUACAUUGUAUAGCAAGUGCAUAGUGACGUUUGGUUCUAGAGUUACAUUGUAUAGCAAGUGCAUAGUGACGUUUGGUUCUAGAGUUACAUUGUAGCAAGUGCAUAGUGACGUUUGGUUUUAAAGUUACAUCGUGGCAAGUGCAUAGUGGCUGUGUUCGUCAUAGGCUGUCUUCACACUAGG